ACUUGCAACAUAGCGGUAACCGCAAAAGUCAUCUCAAAUAAAGCAAGUAACGAAUAUUCUUGGAAAAAAGCUGGCAAUACACGUUAGAAUAUGCGCUGUUAAUUGUUAUUUUUAUGCGGUGUGGAAGAUGGCGGCGUUUGUUUGACAUGCAAACGACCGAUGCUCAAAAUGUGCCAGUUUACCAAAGUGAUAAGUUUGUUAGGAAGAAACAUCGAUAAGCAAUGUCACAAUCAUUUCGAGUGUGCCAGUCGAAAAUUUGUUUUGUAGCUAGAAGUUAUAGUAGUCAAAGAUAUCAGCAGAAUCAUUACGAAACUUUAAAAGUUCCACACAAUGCAUCACAGAAAGACAUCAAGCAAGCCUUUUUCAAAUUAUCAAAGCAAUUACAUCCCGAUACCAGUGGAAGAUACAGUCACACUGAUUUUGUGAAGCUGAAUGAAGCUUAUUCAGUGUUGGGGAAAGCAAAUACAAGACGCAGAUAUGAUCAAAGUCUGGACAUGAUGAAGUAUACGUACAAUCCAUAUACACAUGAUUACUCACACAAUAGGCAAUAUGGGAGUCGAUGGGAAUAUGAGGUACGUACAGCAGGAGGACAAUGGCCACCGCCUGAGCAAAAAUCAAAGCCAGCUAUUGGGCUCGUGAUUGCUCUUUUGUUUUUUGGAAUGGGAUUGUUUCAGCUGUUUUUUAUGCUGCACUCGAUGAAGGUGAGAAAACUUAAUCAAUUACGAAGUAUGCGAUUAGAACAUCAAUAUAAAAAAAUGCAAAGAGUGGUGUAUAACCAGAAGAAUAACAUAGAUCAACUAGAUGCAACAAAUUUUGACAAGUUCGUCACUGAAGAUAAUAGUAAAUAUUAGUCAAUAUUUCGUCAGAAGUUGCAUUAAAAGAGAUAUAAUUGUA